AUGUUACGCAAACUUUGUCCCGAGCGACCGCGGUACUUCAAUCGACCUUUAGAUGAUAAACAUGGCGACAGCGACCAGGUAUGUUUCUCCACAAAGACGUACUCCCUUAACGUAGACCUUUGUCACGCGGUUACAUUUUGCAUAAAAACAAAACAAUUUGUUCGUUUGGUCUACUGGCUUGAAAACCAUAAGAACGAACUUAGAAGUGAUAAGACAAAGUUUUUCGUUUUAUUCUCCGUGGACUGAACAUGUCCUAUGAGUGAAAUUGUCACAGUGUGUAGGUUAGAUACAGUACAGGUGUAACGGAAGUUUGUGAUAGAUUAUCAACGUUUCAAAACAAGUCACUUUAUAAUUUUAAGCAAUUAAGUCCUCGCGCCUAAUAUUAUUUCAAAAAUGAUUUGUUAUCAAACUGACAAAUUUUUUAUUGUUAAAGUUUUAAUUAAUUCUUUGGUUUUUACAUAAACACGUAUACGAGAAACUUAUCGCCAAAUUACCUGCCAAUAUGUUUUGGUGGAUUUAAGACAUCACCGUUUAAGAUAUUGUGCCGGCCGGUGAUUUGUUAAAUUACUUGACAUGUUUCACGCAGAAUGUCGAUGCACACCAGUGGUGCGAGGCCAAUAUGAGAGCUUUUAUCUCAGUCAUCAAUGCAAAUUACAGUUUACAAGUAUGAAUUACGUAACCAGUCUCAGCCACUAAGUGGUACCAUGAUAAUUGUUGUAUUAAACAUUCUCAAAAACAAGGCUUUUUUAACUAAUUAAAAAUUUAUGAAGAGUAAAAAAGGAAAUAAAUAAAAUUAGGCUAAAAACACGGAUAAGACUGGUCAAGACAGGAACACGUCCGGAGGCCAGUCUUACUUCAAGUUUGAUCAUCCCUGCCUUCCACUGUAUUUUCUGUGUUGUUUAUAUAUUCUUCUAAUGUUUCGAGCGGUUAUUUUCAUGUUUCACUCGAUCUGGCGGCAGUUGCCGAUGUUUGAAUUUUGAUAAAUUAACAGGUAAUUUCCACGAAACAAAGUCUCAGACAAAAAUAGUUGGGACACUUCCAUCCAACACUGUUUUUUCGCUUCUGGCCUGUCUCCUCGUUCUCCCUGUGUUGUUUAUCGCAGUUAACUCAAAUCUUGCACACCAACAAUGGGAGGGCAAGAAGACAUUAAAGUGUCCCAACAAUGUCUGACCAAGAGUGCAGCUUUCUACUUUUCUACACAUCACCAACGUUUGCCCAGACUUUGCGCGGACAAGGAAAGGCCUGGGGACUAAGGCUGUCUGCAAACAUAUGAAUUAUGAAACACUGAAUAAAGUGCAACAUAAAGGCCGAGCUUCGAUGCUUUACAUGUAACGAAUUACAAUACACUCUGUGAUAUUAUGCACAUUGUUUCCAAAUGUUACGAGUAAUACCUACAUCAACAAAUAAGCAACUUGCAAAUUGGAUGAAGACUAACUGACGCUCUUGUUUGUUGCACAAUUUAUUUUGCAUAACAUGCCAAAUUAUCUCGUUUACAUUUAAAUUAUUCUAAACAUCUUUCUUGUGUAAGUUCACGGAGCUGCAGUUUGCGAUAAUGUCCACUAAAAAAAACUACAAAGUUACAGUAUAGUGUACUAGAUAUCACCUAAUGGUUUUCAUCCCUUAUGAUGUAGUGUUUUUUUUUUCUCUUUUGCUUAUACUUAUCAGUAUGCGGUUAACCAAAGACAUUUCUUCUUUAAAAACACACACCAGAUAUACACACACAAAAACAAGACUCUUAUGAAGAGCAUAACAAUACAAUAUUUAAAAAUCAUUAUAUAUUUUUGUGGUCGAAAAGCGUUACAGACAAAACCGCGUUUACAUAGCAACGCGAUCAACUUUGUCACCCUUGGUCUAAAAGCUUUCUACAAAGCCACAAUUGGGUCAAAUUGAUAUUUUGUGAUAAUCUUCACCGCUCUUUGCUUCUUUUUGAAUGCUUCGGACAAUACUUGCGAGAAAAAUGUCUAUUUUUGAUGCCCCUAUUCCUUUCAAAACGCGGGACACCAUCUUCGAGCGAUUACUAAUUAACCUUAAAAAUCCGCAUUUCGAAGGCGUUUCUAGAAAACAUGCGAUUGGCCUGUUUCGCUGAAUACUAAUUAUUCAGUUUUUCACACGGAAACCCCAUCUCGAGCUUUUGUUUUUGUUCAAGUUAUAAAAACGACUGGACACCUGGUAGAGUGAUAUGAAAUAAUCCUUGAUCUUACUGGAUAGAAGAUUGUUGUAUGUCGAACCGUCGUUUAACACGAAGCAAUAUGCAUUUGGCUUUUUUUCACUUUUUCUCUGAAGGCGGUGGUUUCGAUUCAUAGCUGAACUACGCAUGGAGGCAUUUAAUAAUACAUUUGCUUAUUUCGUAGAAAAACUAAACUUCUCUGAGGUGAGUUGGGAAAGGAUAAGACACGAGCUGUUUCACUUUUCUUUGAAUAUAAAUUAUUGCUGAUGACCGUAAAGGACAGUGAAGGCGAUAGUUUCCAUUUUAAAUUGUCACUGAGAAAGAUUGAUUCCAGAACGCCUUUUAAGCAUUUUACACUGUCAAAAAUUUUUAAAAAAAUUCGUGAUCGCGUUGUUAAUUUGCAAUCUGAGAAUCAGUCAGCUUCAUGUUGAAAUUCAUCGGGGACUAAUACUCGAGAAAAUAUAUCGCAAGUAUUGGUAAGAUCAGUCGUCUGAAACGGUUGUAGUUCAUAUUUGAAAUUAGAAAUUGAUUAUUAACAAAUUAAAAUUGAUUUGCUGAUAAAAAUGAAGUUAAGCGUUUAGGUUUGUUGGUGUUCGGUAUGCUGAUAAAACCAAAUAUAACUUGAGCCACUUAUAAUUUAACCAGGAAUCAUCACGGAAAGCAACAUGGCAUGAAUUUCCGAGAUUUUAACAAAACAGAAACUUCGUUAAGAAACAUUCUUUUAAUAGCCAUCUAAUGGCAGGGUUUAAUACGUCAGUAUGGCAAACGAUCCAUCUGAUUUCGUAAGUUUUCAUAUUUGGUACUCGUGGUCAGACUGAUAAUUACGUCCAUUUAUUGAUAAUAAUAAACUUUGUGUAAAUCGAUUUUUUUUUCUCUCUUCACACAAUUCUAAACUGACCUAUGUUGUCAAAACUGUGACAGUUUUGGUGUUUAAACUGUCAUAUCAUGGUCUAACUCAGGGCUAUAUAUUAUCAAGGCUAAAGUUAUUAUUGAUAAUUUUAAGUAAGGUUGCUAAAAAAGAAUGGGUAUCAUGAGGGUAAAUCGAACUCAAUGUGCUUUCGGAAGCCAAGAUCUUGUUUGAUUUACAGCAAACUUAGGGACUGUCUAUAUGAAGUGAGCCAGCCCAGUUAGCCGAGUUGGUCCGCUUUGUACCGGUCUGACUUGGCUCAAGCCUUGUUUGCUUGAAAAUUGUUGUUGUGUUUAUAUAAGAAGGAGGGCUGGCCCGCUUGCGGAGAUAUCUUGUGGCUACAGGCUGCUUGUAAGUAUACUCAGCUUUUGAGCGAGUUGAGUACAAAUGACCGGCUGCACGCACUGGAGUUUUAUUAACAUCUUCAUAGAAGACAAACCUAUUUCGCAUUUGAUAUAGCUGCACUGAGUAUCUUCUAUUUCUAUCUUUAUAUAUCGCAUAAGAAUUUACCCAUGGAGGUGUAAAAAAAUAUUUUACAAUUAAAAAGUUAUAAUAAUUUUAAUCAUCGUAAAACGUGUAGUCAAUAAAGGGAACCGGCCUUUUCCACAGGCACAAAAUCUUAGCGGAAGUCCUGAGCUUUUUGAAAACUAACAGGGGCCAAUAAGAUAGAUCACAGAGCAUAUAUCCAAAAUCUCUUCCUGAUUACCAUGAAAUUAAGGAAGAUAUAAAUCUGUCUUGAUUUUUCGAAAAACGAUGUGGCUUUCUUCUAGCCUAUAAAUUUAUUAAUGCGGUAUUUGUCAUUUCAUUGUAACUUCACUACAAUAAAUCCACUCAUCUCAACUUUCCCUAUUGAAAACAAUUUGGCAGAACACCUGCUUAAAAUCUUGGCUUGUCGAAAAUAAUGAUUCCUAAUUAAUUCCACGAAAACCCUGCAGCAAUUGAGCAUGACUGACUUCCAUAUUAUCGUCCGGUUUACCUUGACAUUUGGCGACAAUUUUGAAUAUCAAGACUUUCCGGCCGAUUAUGUGGGAACAAAGCUUUAAGGACCAUGUCAAAAAUAAGAGGAUUUCUUGUCGUUAAUGUUAGCUUCCAUGUUAAAUAACCACAUGAAAUUUAGUCAUCUUUGCUUGAAAAACAUAUGUUUUUCAUUCUAUGAGUAAAUUCACUUUGGUUAUUUAGUACACGGCACAUUAAAUACACACUUUAUUUUAAAAUUGCCAUAACUGAUGUUUAAAUUUUGUCUUUAAGUUCUUUUUUUUUUAUUUAUUUUUUCACGUACUUAGUUUUUUUCUUCUCCAGGACUUUAAUUUAAUCUAAUGAACCAUAAAUUUUUGCUUAUCUCUUAAUGGAUAUUUGCUAGCCUUGCUGCCAAUUUAUGAGGAGUGUAUAUCAAAUCAGGCACAGGUAACCUAAGCUCGACACUUUUAGGUAGCCUCUCAAAUGUAGGCAUUCAGCGAAAAAAAAAAGAUCCUUUCUAAGGCCUCCCAAUUCUUUCCUACAUUUAGCCUUUAGAAGCAAUCAUUUUCCCCUAGACAAAUCCUUACGUUUCGAAGGUAACCCAACAGUGUCAACGCUCAUUUUUCGAGCUUGGGCUACCUGUGUAAGCUGCAAGAAGACUGUUCACAGUCCUCUAUAUUUCCGUGAGACCGCCGAGAUCGAGAGUUAACGAGCGGCCAUCUUUGUUUCAAAUGUACCGAGGGGAUGGGUGUCGGGGAGUUACGGCGGUAGGUGGAGAGAGGCGAGAAAAAUGGCUUCUUCCCAAACCGUCCCGCGCCCCCUAAGUACAUUUGACCCAUCCCAGGCAAGACUCGAUACAUGUGAAACCAAGAUGGCCGUCCGUAACGCAAGAUCUCAGUCGUUCUUAACUUCUUACCGAAAAAUAGAGGACUGUGAACAGUAUAACGUGCAAGCUUCCACGGUUUUUUUCCUGCUGUUUAUUUUCCAGUUACUCAGUCUCCUGUUUAGUGAUGGCUACGACCAAGCUUUUAGCUCUUUUUCUGGAAAAUAACUGCCAUAGUAUUUUAUUUCCCGAACAGUGGCAGGCAAUCGAGCCUAUGCACUGCAAAGAUAAGUGUCAAACAAUUAAAUAAAUCAUCAGUCUUCCAUACGUCGCUCUAAAAAGGCGAGUCAAACCAGGCUUAUUUGUUUGAGAGUUAGUCGAGUUUAUGUAAAUUUUCUUGUCGGUGCCCAAUGCACAGAAUCGGGAGCCCAUAACCCGUAGAGAGCAACUGCCAUACUAGGCCUAUGUCACGUCGUUUUCACGGACCGGUUUCAGUAUUUUUAGAUACAUUUUGGAGCACUUUGCCCCGCGAAAAUGGCAUGAGGAGCUUUGCUCAAGAAAAAAAAUCUCAGCAGGCGCCGGAAAUUGAUGCCCUGGUACGCGAUAGAAAGGUGUUUGCUUGGUGUCAUAAAAUUAAUUAAGACCGGAACAUAAUAAGUAAACCAGACACCAAGUAUCCGCGAGAGACGCGUCAUUUGAGCGCGAGGCAAGGCGAGGAGCCAGCAUCCCACGCAACCGUUUUAUUGCGGCGUGACCUUUCUGUUUAAAAUGAAAAAGAUUUUGAUCAUUCGAAAUGUAUCUUAAAAAUAAAAGCUCGCGUCAUCUACCCGUAGAAAGUAAUUUACAUGAUAAACAAAUCCAGAUCGGACUGCCGGUGAUUUGGACGGGGCACGCCAGGCUUAAAAGACAUUACGUUAAAGCAUUUUAUAUUUCCUUUGUCACUUUGAUAAAAUUUUUGAAGGAGCGACCCAUAUUUCAUGUGGAAAUGUGUGACAAAGCGCCGCAAAAACUUGUUUCCAGUGCCGCUCAAAUGAAUGGACGGUAGCGUACAUGUACGAUUUUUUUUGUUUUUGAGGGUCAGGCAGCGAUCAUGCGAUGUAACCGAGUUAAAUUCUCACUAAUUAAUUAAUAUUCUACCUUAGACUUUCAAAGUUCAAAAGCGCUGUGGUUUUGAUUUCGAAACCAUUUGAAGUGAAGGCGACCGUCGACGGUAUGAGUCUUCGUUUCCCAUUUCGAGUCUGUCGAGGGUUACAACCCCCAAAAGCAUUGGCAUGCACUCAAAAAAGAAAUACGUGGAGUCCGGCCGGCGGGUUUCUCCAAAAAUGAAAUAUUUAGGAGAUUUCCCGACGAAAGACGUGGCAAGGCGGGAACUUGAACCCGCCAAAUCGGCCUAUGUCGAAGUGGAAUUCAACAUGAUGCCAGCUACUGUGUACGUCGCUUCCACGUUCGUUUGAUCACUGAUCUUCUUCGCCAGAAUAUCAUUCCACCGGAUAGCCUUGUAUCGACUUGUAAAUUCUGUUACGGACUUAAGUUACAUAUUAGUGAUAUUAGACUUGAGGUAAGUUUGUUUUUAGUCAAAUUAUUCCCAUUACAGUGAGGUAUUUCUGUUUUCUGGUCACUUCAAUUUAAAGAAAACAUUUAGCUUUAAUAUUAUUCUGUUUCUCUUCGGUAGUCAGUUUAUUUAUGGGCUUUUGUUAUCUGAUGACAGGACCUAAUUUUCAUCACAGUCUUCAUUUUGUACUAACUGGUUCUGUUUCUCUUAGGUAGUCAGUUCAUUUAUGGGCUGUUGUUAUCUGAUGACGGGACCUAAUUUUCAUCACAGUUUAAUUUCAUUUUGUACUAACUGGUUCUGUUUCUCUUGGGUAGUCAGCUCAUUUAUGGGCUGUUGUUAUCUGAUGACAGAACCUAAUUUUCAUCACAGUUUUCAUUUUGUACUAACUGGUUCUGUUUCUCUUGGGUAGUCAGUUCUUUAUGGGCUGUUGUUAUCUGAUGACAGGACCUAAUUUUCAUCAUUUUCAUUUUGUACUAACUGGUUCUGUUUCUCUUGGGUAGUCAGUUCUUUAUGGGCUGUUGUUAUCUGAUGACAGGACCUAAUUUUCAUCAUUUUCAUUUUGUACUAACUGGUUCUGUUUCUCUUGGGUAGUCAGGUCUUUAUGGGCUGUUGUUAUCUGAUGACAGGACCUAAUUUUCAUCAUUUUCAUUUUGUACUAACUGGUUCUGUUUCGGAUUAUUAUUAUUAUUGUUUAUUGUUAUUAUCAACAUCAUUACUGAGUGAUUUAAAACUAUUUUUCUUUGACACAGGGCUAUAAUUUGCAGCAGGUGAUGGAGUGUACACUGAUUUGCUUUAGUUUUCUUUCAGAAAUUCACAUAGAAUUUACUUUAGUUACAAUUAUUGCUUGGGUAAUGAGAUAAACUUUCAGCGACACAGUGUGACAAAAUUGUUUUAACCAAAAUCAUGAUAACACCAUCAAAACGUUUUUAUUAUUAGUAUUAUUCGUUAAUUUCAAACGAUGCUAAUAUAUGUAUGUAAAAACGAAAUUAUCUUGCCGCUUGUUACCGAGCUAUCCGUACUGUAAAACGUCAAAUGAAAAGUUAUAACACUCACAUGUCUAUUAGUUCUUACAAAUGAUUUUGUCAAUGAAAAUCGACGACAAAAAAUUCCCUUCUCUGGCUUAAUUAAGAAGCUUGGGUUGCAAAAAAAUGUGUUUGUAAAACACAACCGAGUCAAUUAUCGUACGUUAAAUAAAUCAAAGCAUUACUUUUACAAAAUAGAAUCUUAGGGUUAACUUCCCGAGAUUACUUCACACCCUCUGGUUGCCUUCCCUUCGCCGUGCCCUAUGAGCUUUGCGUUAGAUCUCAUGGUUUAUGAUUAUAGAAUCAAGUCGCUAUUAAAAUGAAGCUGUUAUAAGUCGUUUGUAGUUACUGAUGUCCAAGAAUUCCAAAUGUUCCUGUUUCGGGAAUCGUAGUUUCUCUGGGAUUAACUCAUUCUCAUUGAGUAAACAUUAAUUUAUCACAGGUAAGUAAAUGUACUUAAUUUAUCACAUCGAAUCUCGUUGCUGACGCCGUUUGGUGUAAUGUUCCUGCCGACUACACAGUAAUAGACAGAAGAUAGUAUACUGGUCGAUCGACAUAAUUGCAAAUAAUUUCAUUCCUCCCGUAAGAAUAGAUUUAGGCCGUCAUUAAAAUGUUUCUCGGGUGGUAAACCUCAGCUUCUCGUAACAUUUUCUGAGUCGGCAAAGGGUUUAUGUUAACUUUCAUUUUCAAUUUCUCUUUAGUAACAGAUAUAAACCCCGCUCUCGUUAAGGUUUGGUUCUUGAUCUUCGAUUAUCCUAUUCGAGUGAUAGUUAGUUCUCCUGCUAUCGCCUUCUAUAAUUUUGGUUGUGCGAUCAAUAUAGAGCGGGGUUUUUUUUAUAGUAGAGCCAUGCCUUGAAUACUAUUUCGCGUGAGAAGUAACAGUUGACGUGUGUCUCCACGCGAGUAAAGCCAACAAAUGCGCGUCCGUAUCUGGAAAACAUUUUUAUUAUGUCAAGAAAUGUCUUAUUUACACGUCUCGUGAUUCCCACGCCUGGUGUUUUUGGAUGCCGGCAAGUGCGAAAAAAGUAAUUACCGAGGAUUCGAAAGUAACACCUCAGUCGUAUGAAGGCGCGAAUUGUGAUCUCCCGUUUCAGUUAAUCAUAAGCCAUGGGUAGAUUCAAUCUACCCUUAGCCUAAUUUGCAUAAUUUUUUUUGGUGAGCAAAGCCCGUCAUGGCUCCCACCCAGACUCCCUGGCGUCUUAUGGGACGCGGUCGACGAAAAACUGAAAAUUAACUUUGUUCUUUCAUUAUAUUUUUCAGACGUUUAUCGUGAUUACAAGCCGUUUUGGAACACCCCAUGUCUACCGCCUGAACAAAGCAAAGUCUCUGUAUAUAUUUGGUCAAAACCACCCUGUUAGGAAAUUUUCUUUGCAUAUAACAACAAAUCAGUAUCCUUUCAUUUUGCCUUUCCUCUGAAUCGGAAACUCAAACAACAUAACUUUUUCGCAAAAAAAGAGAUGAAUUUUAAUUUUUCUCAAAAAAGAUAUUAUAAUAAUGGAGGUGCGGGGUUUCGAACCCCGGACCUCUCGCAUGCAAAGCGAGCGCUCUACCACUGAGCUACACCCCCUGAUCUCUUCAAGUAGGCGUGAAAUAUACUGAUGGCUUUACGAGAUUCAGGUACUAAAUAUUUUAAAUAGAGCGUUUUCACGCACGUGGCCAGCAUCUUUGCAAAUGUACUGGAACAAAAGGAAACUUUUACUUACGAAGAGAAUUCAAUUCCAGCCCCACAGCCACCUACAUGGCUGUCAUUUCAAAUAUUGUUUUGGAACACCAGAACGGCCUACGUGACGUCCUAUGAAAGCUCUCCAAACAAAGAUUUCUUUGUCUCAUUUUAUUGACAGUUUUUUGCCUCUUUUUAAAGUAUUUGCUUUUUUAAAAUAUUUUACCUUCUGUGUGAUUCUUCUGUUCCUUCUCUCUCAUUUUAUUUACUACCCCAGUUAUUUUCCUUAACACUGACCCACAGAUAUUUUGAGAUUUUUGUACUUUUAACAAUUUUAGUAAACUGCGUUUUUCUAGCUCUGACGAAUCCGCCGGAGGAACCCGAGUAAGUAUUACUAAAGAUUCCUGUAUUGAUUUUUUGCAGCACAUUCAAAACUACCGAAAAGAGGAAGGAAAACACCCCACAGACAAAUAUUUACGGGGGUACGGGGGUGGGAGCGCCCCGAGAUAGCUUGCUCACAGGCUAAUUAGGCUGCGUCUUGCACAUCAACUGAUGAAAGUUAAGCCCUGUGCAAACGGACGCAGCAUUGUUAGCCAACAACUCCCAGCAUUGUUGGAUAUUACAUAUUGCGUCCGUUUGUACACCCUAUUGGUCUCCAAAGUCUUAUGGGUCUUGUAUCCUUCCCACGAUGCGCUGCAGGUCUCAACAUUAAUGGGAGUUGUUAAAUCCGUUUGCACACCACUGCCAACACGGACGCAAUAACUUCCAACAUUGUUGGGGCAACAAAGUUGGGGGUUGUUGCGCCCGUUCUUUAAGAUUCUUGUUAAAGAACCCAGGAGAGAAGGGACCCCACAGUUAAGCCUUCUUUAAAAUCAUAGAGUGGAUUUUAUACGAUUUUUAAUCGUAAAUCUUUUUUUCCGUUCUUUUCAACAGAUAUGUAUUUGCAGCAAUUUAUACUUUAGAAAUGAUUCUUAAAAUAAUUUCCAAAGGCUUUGCUCUCCACAAAUAUGCUUAUUUGAGAGAUCCUUGGAACUGGUUGGAUUUCGUCGUUGUGAUAUUAGGGUAAGCUACCACGGUUUGGUUUAAGUUCUUAUCCCAUUCAUUACCAUAGUCUGGACCUAAUGGGUCAUUUACGAGUCAGUCCAAAUAACCUCUCUUUCAAAAUGAGGCUAACUGGAAAACCUUUCAUGUGAUAAGUUUUAUUUGCACUGGAAUAAAAACAUUUUCAUACCAAUGGCUUCGCACUUAGCCUCACUUUGAAACAGAGACUUGGAGCAACUCGAAAAUGGCCUAUUAGUAGAAACCUUGUAUGCCAAGGUCCACCCGAAACAGACUGUUCUAUUUUAGUUUAGUUUUGUUCUGCUUUUGUUUGUUUGUUUGUUUGUUUGUUUGUAUCCAUCGUAAUGGUCUAUCAGUGUUAACCACUGAUCACUCCUAACUAUGCUUUAAAGCGUUGCGAUCGCCAUUAACUUUUCACCUCAUCGCCGAAUCACUUCACAAGCAUGACAUCUUCCUUACUUGCUAAAAGCGAGACACCCCUGAUAUUGUAUGCGCAAACUCAGAAACUAAUUACGAAACAAAGCGAAGGAUAUUGCUAGUAGAGUUUUUGUGUAAGCGCACGCCGGUUUUGUUUCUAAGCUGUUUGCCAAAAUCAAGGCGCGAGAUCAUUAAGGCUACAAAUCAUAAGCUAAACUUUACUGCUUUAAAGAAAUUUUAAGCAUGUGACACAACCUCUUUCCUUGUCAAGGUAUAUAACCUUAGCUCCUGGAGUGUUAGCCAAUCUUUCUGGAAUCAGGACAUUUCGUGUGUUUAGAGCUCUCCGUACAAUAUCAGCCGUUAAGGGUAAGUCCUUGAAUAUUUACAAAAAAUACUGACGCUUUUUUGUUAAAAAAAAAAAUGAGGACGAAACGGGAAAUAAAUUCCCUUAGUAGAAGGCGCAAGCUUGGAAGAGGAUCCGGGGGCAUGCUCUCCUGAGGAUUUUUUUGAAUUUAAAAACCCCUUAAUUCCUGGGUUUAUGAGUCAUUCAGACAGGUUAAUGACCAGUUACCAUCGCAGUCCUCGGAUGAAGCCUUGAAAAUCGGCAAAUUAGUUCAUUCUUGAUUUCAACUACAAAACUUUUUUUAAAAAUAAAAAAAAUCAUAUUUAUUAUGAAAAAUCUGACCGAAUUCUGUAAAACGGUGGAAACCGGUGUGGAUCCGCUCCUCCGUCGAAUUAGUAUAAUUAUAUCAAAAUUGGAGGUGCGGGGUUUCGAACCCCGGACCUUCCGCAUGCAAAGCGGACGCUCUACCACUGAGCUACACCCCCCGCCUCGCAUCUAAAUGCUGGAAAUUUGCGUAUAGAUCCUAACAUCUUAAAUUUUCGCACACGUUGGGGAUUUUCGUACAAUUGUUGCUACCAUUUUGGGCCCGAGUUCAGUUAGUCGUUGGUCGGUUUUUAGAAGUCAUAACGACAAGAGAGUGUAAUAGUGCAGAUUGGAGAGACAAGAUUCACAGAAAGCUAUCUUCUUACAGAGUUUCAAAAGCGUGUAAUUAUGAUGUUUCUUCAAUUAUGCCAAGAACACUCGAAUUUACUAAAAAUACUGCUGUUUGAAUGCUCUUCCCGGUGAAAGGCUUUGGAAAUCUUUCAAUUCAAUCUAUUUUAGUCUUUUGUACUCAGCCCCUUGCACGUUACUAAUGACAAAUGGUAGCAAUAUAUACUUACAAAUUUGUUCUUUCAAUAACGUCAAUAAUUUGAUUCCAGAUUAUUUUUCUUUUAUUUCAUUAGGUCUGAGGAUGAUGGUGAACACCCUUCUCGCUUCAAUGAAGAUGUUAUGGGAUGUGCUCAUUCUCACAAUGUUCUUUAUUUGUAUUUUUGCUCUUGUCGGGAUGCAAGUUUUUGUUGGUGUGCUGAGAAAUAAAUGCGCUGAACCUGUACCGGACAACCUUCAAACGUCAUACAUAGAUUACGUGUCUAAUUCUAGUGAGUGGCUUAUGAGUAGACUACUUUUCCUUUUCAUAGUUCAUUCAACUUUAGUAAAUUUAUUAAGUGUUACAGAAUACGUACAAUGAAUAUUGCAGACAACAACAGUCCAAACUCCCCACAUAUGCAUCACUGUCGGAUGAGCAUGAACGGUGCCCGAAUCAUUCAUCGUUUCAAACACUGAACUAUAGUAAAACCUAUUGGUAAUACCUUCUUAAAUAGCCCUCGACAGCUGUUAACAUAAAUUUUAAUUUAGGGGGGGUGAGGGAGAGAGGUUACACUGGAGUCACGAGCCACCCUCCUAAGAUCUCCCCUUGUCCUUGUAUGAUUACAAGUUACUUCCCUUGGCUUACAUGAAAAUUUUCUCUUCUUACUUUAGGUGUUUGGAUACUCGACUAUGAGCGUAAUCCGGUGGUAUGUGGAAAUAACUCUGGAGCAGUGUAAGUUGAUAUAUUAACAAUAUGUAGUAAAAUGUAAUGAUUUAGUGGUAGCGAAUCCACAGCGAGGUCCCGGGUCUAACUUGAAUUUGCAAAUGCUGGUUUUUGAGAGGAGGAGGAGAAAAAAAGAGGUCCCGCAGAAAAAACUCUCGCAGCAGGAGAGGAAGGAAAGGCUUUAGAAACUUACGGCACAGCGAAGCGAUGGCAUCGCUUCUGGCAGUUGAACCCGGUGCGGGCGACAUUGCUGGAAGGUGAACGAUCUUACGGCAACUGUGCUAUCCUUGCUCCCUUAAAUAAACUAGUAGCAAUCAAAUUUUCGAGUGUUCUAUCAGUUACUUAGAUGUGCAGUCUCUAUUCUAGUCUCGAGUUUCUCACUUUAAGCGAUCAACGGAUUCGGGUAACAAUCUUUAAAUUUGUAUUUCGCUCUGUAUAUAUCAGGGGCACCCAAAGAGAAUAUAGUUCAAAACCACUUAAACAUAGCAUUGUUAAACGUAUUUUAGUAUUAAAACGGUAGAUAUAGGCAUAUUUUUAUCCCCUACAAAUUUUUCAUCUGUUCGGAUUUCCUAGCUGAAAGUCAAGUGAUCCGAAAAUUAUAGGGAUCAAAACUUACCUCUUCGAAAAUUUCAGGCAGAAAAGAGGCUUCGAAAAUUCUAGCUGACCUUUUUAGGGCAAAAAUCCGUUAAAAAUGGGCAAUUAUACCAUUUUUUAGAUGUUCGAAAAUCCUAGGAGAGGCAGACAAGCAAGAAAUUUUGGAAAAAAUGUCCCGAAAAUUCUAGAUCUCAAAUCGUCUUCCGAACAGAUAUUUUCCGAAAAUUAUCGUUGGGUGCCCCUGAUAUAUUUGUAUCGAGCACUCCUACUCCUUAAAGAAAGCAACGAACACAUUACCUCUUUGUUUAUUCUAUUAAAUCUAUACAAUCCUGCAUAUAAAAUUUUAUUGCAGGCAUUGUGAUGCAAAUCAUAGCUGCCUUCCCGACGCAGGACCCAACCCAAAUUUCGGAUACACGAGUUUUGAUCAUUUCGGCUGGGCCAUCAUGACGUCAUUCCAGCUAGUCACUUUGGACUUUUGGGAGAAUGUGUAUAAUAAUGUGAGUCACAUGUAUGAUUUUAUUUUCUCCGUUUCUGAAAACCACAGAGAUCCUUGUGAAGCUAUGUGAUUAUGGACUGGUAAGUUCAGUCAUUGAUGGGUUAGAUGUGGACGUACACUUCAUAAGUCAUUCACUUAUUAACUCUUAAAAAACCGGUUGUGUGGGUCUCUAUUUUAGUAAGUGAAGAAAAUGCUCAUUAAAAAGUAAGGUAUAAAUAAAAGUGCCGUGUUUUAGUUUCCAAAAGUUUCGGGCCUGGUUCUUCAUCAGUAGAAUUACAAGUACUCUAGAACUGUCGCAACUGUUGAACCCUGCCUAGAGUAGAGCGAGAAGUGGCUUUAACCCGCGCAGAUGACUGGUGACAAGUUGAAAAAUCAGGCGCAUCUCCAGGUAAAACCCACGGCGUUUUUAUGACUGGUUUUUUCAUCCCUUGAAAAAAUCAGGCGCCUCUGUUGCGCGUUUUCACUGGAGAGCAUAACUUCGCGAACAAGAUUACAGGAUUGAAACAUAAUUUUGGUCAGGAUGAGGGAGUGAAAAGCCAUAUUGGAGCUCCUCCUCUACUCGAAGACGGCCACUAAUUGCCAGAACGGACAGUUUCCAUUUUAAAGAGAAUUGACUAGACGUGCUUUGUACUUUUGUUUUUUCAGAUCAUCUACGCCAUGGGUCCUUGGGCGGUGUUGUAUUUUGUAUGUAUUGUUCUUUUCGGAAGGUUUUAUCUCAUCAACCUCGUUCUCGCUGUUGUAGCAGCAUCUUAUGAAAAUGAAGUACAAACUAGCAGGAUGGUAAGUAAAACAUCUUAUAACACAACCUUCAAAAACACAAAGAAUUUUUCCCAUAGAGAAAAAUCUUUUAUUAUGUAUAUUUACCUUCACAAGCAGUUGCUGACAAUAUCCAAGUCCCUACAUUAAUUUAUCAUCUCAAACAAAUCAGAGCCCCGAAAACAUUCAGGCUUUCACUAUGAUGAAGUAGUAUUCUGCAAUGUUCGACAAUUUUCGUAAAAGAAUGAUCGGAAACGUCCCCACAAGCUCUGAUAUUCGGACCUCAUUUACAGAAUCGGAUUAAACUCGCGCAAAAAUUUCCGAAGCAUUUUUAAAAAUUUCCUUAACUUUACGCCUGUUUUGUUCACCAGGAAAAUGAAAAUCUUCGUUUAAAACAAAAGAUGGAAGGCUCCACCUUUUCCCUGGGGAGCCGCAGUGUGUUAAGCAUUGUUUACGGACGCGAGCAAGACGUGGUUCUUGACGAAGCGAUGCACAAAGCCAUGUUUGAUCAAGCGACGGUCGAAAAUGAUCAAAACUCCUUGACCAUGCCACCGACUGAACCAAUCGCGGUGUUUCAAGUAAAACAGGGCCAACAAGAAGAUUCGGUUACCAUAAAGACAACGACUAACAACAAUUCUGGAGAAGAGGGCGAGAAAACUGCCAAUAAAAAAUGUUGUUCGUGCUGCGGGGCUGGCAUUUUAUUAAAGUGCGACUGCUGGCAACCAUUUAGGAAAAGUGUAAAGCGAGUCGUGUCAAGUAAAUGGUUUGAGGCCGGCAUAAUUUUUAUUAUUCUCAUCAACACACUUUUUAUGUCGAUUCAACAUCACGGAAUGGACGAAGAUUUGGAGAGAGCAAUAGAUAUCGUCAACUCGGUGAGUAUACUGGUCUCAGUAACUAUGCGGUAGCCUCCGACGCAGGCGUUUUUAGGGUAUCUCAUAUUUAUUCCUUCCCCACAAAGGCCUGCUCAAACGAGAGACGUCCUUUCCCAUUGUAUUAUUCGCAUGGUAAGUGACCAAUCAACAGUUUUGAAAUAAAGUGUUGAAAAGGCGAAACACGACUCAUAAGCUCGUGGUAGUGUAAAAACGUGACCCUAGAGUUACCUUUUUCCAUCUUUCUUUCCUUCGCUAAGGUUAUGCAGUGCACGGAGUAUUCUAAAAUCUGACUAAAUCUUACUUUUGCCGCUCUAAGUCUAACAUUUAUUAGAGGUCGUAAAGCUUUCCCAAUGUUUCAUGCAGAUCGAGUAUUUAUAUGGUAACCCUGCGGUCAAGGUCAACCUUGCAGAAUUUGGAAGGUACAAUGUGAUUGGCUAAGCUUGGGAAAGGAAUGUUGUUCUCGGUUGAGCAGGCGUUUGUAGGGAGAGACGAAAUACACGCCCCCUAGGAACGCCUUCGUGGGAGGCUAACCAUGCGGUGUCCGUUUGAAGAAAAUAGACUGAUUUAGCAACGGGACGGGAACGUCAGUUCACGACGGGAUAGCGCGCGGAAAGGACUAAACACGACUUCCGGUGCCCAAUUUGCCGCUCAAGCCAGUUGUUUAACUUGCGCGCGUCGUCGGCAACUGACGUUCCCCCUCUGUUGACGACAAACUCACGGUCCCAUGGACCACAGUUUGACAUUGCUCUUGGAAAUCAUGCAUUGCCCGCACAGCCUACAGAGUAGUCAGUUUGAUUUCCAAAAUCAACUGUAGAUUCUCCCUUAAUGGAUACCUACGUAAAACGAACACCUAGAGUUGGUCGCUGUCUUUCUUUACUUGCUUUAUUUGACUCUCUAUAACACGGACAUUACUCUUAGACGGACACUUAGUGCAUGUCCCAAAGACGUCCGUCUUAGAGAGAGUCGACGGUAGUGUUAACUUGGUCGUGAUCCGUUCUAAUCCGAGCUCUUCUUUCUAAGGUUUGCACAUUCAUUUUUCUUCUGGAGAUGAUUCUUAAACUGAUUGCCCUAAAGCCCCGCGGCUACAUCAAGAGUCGUUGGAACAUCUUCGAUGGUGUUGUUGCCGUGAUCAGUCUCAUAGAUACCGUGUUGACACUGUCCAACUUGAUUGACAGCACUGGCACUAGUGUGUUCAGGUCGUUUAGACUGGUAAGUGGUGAAUAAUUCCAAAAAUAAACUUUUGUUUGUUUUUGAGGCUGCAAAGCGCAAAGUCACAGAAAGCAAUGGUGUAGAGAAGUAGUUUCUUGCAUUUAGCCGUAAAAAAGAAGAAAGGUUUGUCAAAGAUGAUGAGCAAAUAGGCCUGUGGGGAGAGGUCUGAGUAACUAACGCCAAAGAGGAGAAAGUUCACAAUUAGCUAUACGAGUAUAAGAAUAUAUACUGCCUGAAAUUUAAUCUUGAACUCGGGCCAGCUUUAUACUUGGACGAAAAUUGGACGGCCGACAGGUUUUCUCAGUUUUCGACGCCAGCUUGAGCUAAGAGUAUUCUUCCAUGAGUAUUCUGUAGCUCCAUGGGCAUGGAGAGCAAACAAGUAACCAGAACUGGUCGUAGGGUUCGACUGCUGUAGGGAGAACUCGAAUUAUAGCCUUUUUUUACUCGUUUGAGUGUCACUGGGUGUAAAAAGUAUGAUUCUCGUAUAUUCGCUAAGUUUGAAGUUCAUCAUACCUUUAAUAUAAUGGAAAAUCAAUUAUUUUGGUCUAACGAUAGGAAGCAGGAAGCUUGAGAACUACACACUUUUUCCCUCCCAAAAAAAUUCCCGAAGUUGCGCCUCUCUCAUUUCAUUCUCUCUUCAAUCAAACUCAAUUGAGUACUUUAUUUUUUCUUGUUGUUUUUCAAAGGUUCGAAUUCUAAAACUCGCUAAAAACUGGAGCACGAUGUCCAGUCUUUUGGCCACUAUAGGACACAGUCUUGGGGCACUGGCCAACCUGUCUGUCAUAUUAGCCAUCAUAGUCUAUAUCUUCGCCGUGGUAGGGAUGCAGUUAUUUGGAUCCCAGUACACAGUAGCGAAAUUUGGCGGCGAGGUUCCUCGUUGGAAUUUUACGGAUUUCUGGCAUUCGUUUCUAUUGAUCUUCAGGAUCAUUUGUGGAGAGUGGGUAGAACCACUGUGGGACUGCAUGAGGGCCGCAGGACCUGCCUCCAUUAUUCUGUUCAUUCCUGCCUUCGUACUGGGACACUUCAUUGUAAGUUACAUAACAUGAAAGACGUAAUUUAUUUUGCCCUAUCAUCUUCAUUGGCUGCCUCACAGUGUUGUGAAUAGAAGAGUCUGGAUACGUAUUUAUUCUAGGCACUUUCUCCCCGCUCAACUAAAACAGAUAAGGGAAAAGCAUUAGGAACCAGGAUGUCUUUCCUUUUGUUUCAGCAUCCGGGAGGCGUUAGAGAGGCCCCUAUAGCUAAAAGGAAGAUAGCUUCAGACACUCCUCAUAAGAUUUUUGCCGCUUUCUUGCAAACGUUUUGUUCAAAUCGCAGUGCAUGGAGCGCAGGCUACUGAGACGAAUUUGGAAUUGUUAAGUUUUGGUAAAUCAACUUUCGCCACUUAUACACUUGAGUUGUAGUAACUGGGUGUCUUCGAUAGCCUCCCACACAGACGUUAUUAGUAACGCGCGACGUAGCCCUAACAGUCGCGUGUGCGUCGGAAGUUAUAUCUUUGGCAAAGAUUGGCGAAGUUGGAAAUGACGUGACCUAGUCCCUUUACGCGUCUUCCCAGGCAUUCUCGGUAAACUUUUCGGUGUCGUUUCCGAGACGAACGGAUCACGUGACCAGAAACGCAUCGGCCGCGCGCAAUAAUGAGGCGUAGGGAUUAGGCAAGAAAUGAGUUAAAUGGACCCAACGGUUAGCUAGGACUGUCCUGAGUUAAAAAAAGAUACAGUAGACUCUCUUUUAACGGACACCUUUAUACGACGGACACCUUGGAAAACGGUCACCUUUGUACUUACCAAUUACAUGGGAAAACCGGAAAUCUAGGACGGAAAAUCAAAUGUUUCGCCUAUUUCGUUUGGGAAGUUUCAGAAAACAUGGGAUUUGAGUCAAUGCAGUUUGACUUUGUCCACUCUUUUUAGCCUGUUCAGCUGAUUUGGACACACUUUGUCGGGGGUCUCGUUAUUCUCCCGCCACGUUAAAUGUUGUAAUUUUAUGUUUCUGCACAAGAUUUUCACCCGAAAAUGGGUGUGCCUAAUGGUUUGUGUAAAUGGUCAGCAUCCUUCGUAUUGGUCUCUGCCUUUCUUUACUCUCUUCAUUUGACUCCAUAUAAGACAGUCCCAGAAGUAUCCAUCUUAAAGAGAGUUGACUGUACAUUAUUAACUCCGCUAAACAUGUUUUAGAGCUCAUGAGAUGUUAGAACUGUAUGCAACUGUAUUUAAUUUCCGAAGCUUUUUUUUUAGAUUCUGAAUCUCUUCUUGGCACUGCUGUUAAGUUCAUUUGCCGGACAAGCCUCGCUCUCUUCCCCUCAGGCAAAUAAAAGGUCUCGCGUAUUGUCGCGUCUUAAAAGGGUCGUGAUUGCAUCCAGGUUCAUCAAGAGAAUUCGGACUAAAGUCUGGCCUAAAAAGAAUGAAACUAACACUGAGGAUGAUAAAGAAGGUAGUUGUGAUGAUUCAAUUCAACAGAAAUAUUUAAUAUAUCUUUUAUUCAUGAUUAAUUUCAAAACUACCUGCUAAAGAGGUCGUGUUAUAUAUACGUCCUUAAACUUUCUUGUUUCGGGUGGCCCAAGGAAGGUGUUUUUCUUGAUUUGGGUGUGUGACCAAAACAAAUCGACAUUACACUCAUUCUCGACUUCAGAACUCCUCUGUAGUACGCAAAGGAUCAUACGCAGCCAUAGGACCCAAGGCCCUGGAGACGAGAAUAGAUUGCACCAUAACAUAUUUCGCGUAAUACACUUUUAAGGACAAGCACUGUCAUUACUGUAGCGAAAACAGAGUCAAAGACGGAGGAAUAAUAACUCACGGAUGGUUGUACUCGAGCGGAAACGUUUGCUACGCAGGCGACAAUGCAGUCAAAUAAAAAAAAAAACCUGUGCCUUCUACCGUAAAUGUUCUAUAGGUUUUUGUGUCUAAAGUUAGAUUUAUUGUGCUCGGAUAUCUGGUUUUCAAAACAGUUUUACCAAGGAUAAAAUUGAACCACAACAUAUAUUUGUCAAACGAGGAUCAAAUACAUACUGACGCCCUGCAUGGAUUUAAACUUAUGGUUAAAAAUUGGCUGAAAUCUAAACCGUUAACUCAGAAAUUUAGGUUUUCUUGACCUGAUAGCUGAGUUCUGAGAAAAUGCCUAAAAUAUAACACACCAUUUCUAGAACCUUUGUUUUAAGUCGCUAAUUUCAUUGUACAUUUCAGGCAGCAGUAGUAACGGUCAUGUGAUAAUAAAUGAACUAGCGUCAGUGAGGUCCACGGACGAGGCGAACCCACGUGACACUAACGCAGGGGUUUGUUGCUGUUCCCUGAUCGUCCGGGAAUAUGAAGUUGACGACUGCUUCCCUUCUCAUUGCGGCUGCUGCGCGCGGUUUGACGACACACGGUGUCACGUGAUAUGGCUGUGCAUACGUCACAAGGUGAAAUGCCUUGUGGAACACAGAUGGUUUGAAUGGUUUAUCGUGUUCCUCAUCGCUGCAAGUAGUAUUGCUUUGGUAAGUAUAAUUUUAGAAGCGCUUUUUAUUAACUCGCAAGUCUAGUCCUCUACUAUGCGUUACUUGGGUCGUCACUCGAGAUAGAGGAACACUGAAUAAUCGACGGCUCGGUUAACGGGAGACUUGCUCAUGGCGUCGAUUGCCGUAUCGUUGCUAUGAUGUUCUACAAACGCCUCUAGGGUCUCAGGUGACGUUUUUGGUUACUGAUUCAAGGCAAUUGUGAAGUGUGAACAGUACAUGGCAAAAGUAAUGACCUUAUUUCCAUUUCAUUGAUUCAGUCAGUUUUGCGGUUUUUUCUAUAUUUGUGCACAUACUUUUCAGGGAUCAAUGUUGUUAUGAAUUACAAUUAUUGAAUUAUCUGUAGAGCUUAAUAACCUUCAUUCCAUUUCCAUACAACCCGGUCAUAGCAUUUACUUAAUCAUAGUAGGGUGAUGGCAAUAACGGGGCCGUCAAACCCUGGCUCCCCUAUUUUCCACUGUUCUUCUUAUUAGAUCAUGCUGAAUAUGAAAGGGUUCCCCUAAGACCUUUGAAUACAGAUCCAGUCUUAUUUGUAGAGGAGGUACUCAAUUACUUUUGAAAUUGCUUUCAUGUAUUUUUUUUAUCUUGCCAACAGGCGUUCGAGGACGUCUACCUGGACAGCAGGCCCACUGUUAAGGAGGUUUUAAGGGUAUUAAACAUCUUUUUCGCUGUUGUCUUCGUGCUUGAGUUUCUACUGAAACUCAUCGGUCUUGGCUUCACGUCCUACUUCUCGAGCGCAUGGAACUGGCUUGAUGUUGCAAUCAUUGCGGUAAGUAAAAUCACUUCAUGGCCAAGACUAGCCUGCGUAGCAAGCGUUUCCGUGCGUUUAGGAGCAAAGAACGGGGAAGGAGAGUCAAAAUGGCGCAAGCAAAAGAGCGGGGAGGGGAUGGAAAAGAAAGGUAGUUUCCUUCCGUCCCCUCCCCCUCCCCCUCCCCCCCUUUCAUUUUUUGGCGCUCGUUUCAUUUCUUGCGCGGCCAAAGCCGUGAAUCCCGUUGCGCGGUCUUUUUUUUGAUACUAAACCAAACGGAAACGCUUGCGACGCAGGCUAAGCCAAGACGUUUCUAAUUGAGAGAAUUCUCUUUUGAUUAUUCCUUGGUUCCGCCCACUUCCUUAUAAGGAAGGGCUACAUCUCAAAUGAACGUCUAACUUGAACUUAUUUCUACAGAUCUCUCAUUUUUUUAUUGAGAAAUUUAUGAACAUCAUUUUACAGCUCUUGAUGUUUAGCAAGUUUUGGAUGAGGCUGAGUAUCAUUUGACGAGUUAUGCAGAUAGAGGAGGGUGUUAUCCGAAGUCCUUUUUUUGGUGCUUAUCCUGUAUUGUUGACGUCAUUUUCUGUAUAUCAUAAGCUUCUUCCAAAUUUGUCAGCAACAGCUGGUUAUGAAGCGGAAUUAGCCGGGGUGUUUGAGCCAAUCAGAAACGGGGAAAUAUUUUAAAUAAAUGUUAAAAUCUAUUAGCCUCGCACCGUAUUUUUCAGACAUUUUAAUUGAUCAAGAGAACUUAUUAUGUCCAUGUUUCCUGUUUUCCUUCUUGCUUUCAGGUCUCUCUUAUCGCGUUAUUUGGUAAUGAAGAUGUGAUGUCUAUUCGCUCUUUGCGAACACUCAGAGCUUUGCGACCCCUGAGAGCGAUCUCACGAUUUGAAAGAAUGAGAGUAAGUUUGUAAUGUCUUCAUGGCCUGUUGCCUAUUUUUGGUGUAAAAUUGAUAAAUUACUGUCUCAGUGAGGACAGUACAACAGAAAACUUUCGUUUAACAUCGGAUUCAAUUAGAUAAAUUGGCAACUUAACAAGAUGUCACUGAAAACGUUUGUUUUGAGCACUAGACCUCCGGCGGAGUAAAUCACAGAAUUAUGGUUAGCCGAGUGGAUGGUUUAAUUAUCUAAUCAGUGGAAUUAGUUUGGAGCAUCAAUACCAACACGAGAUGCCUUUUAAACUAUUCUGGAGUGCUGUUAAAAGACAUACCAUUGAUACAAUAUAUUCCGCUGUGCUAGAUGGAGGGUAACUUAAGGGAACUGCUAGUUGUUCGUUCAAACACACACGCACAAUGAAAUCUCCUUUGAAUUCUAUCGCACGCGACGAUUACAAGAGCAUUAAACUGCGCUUGCAAUAGUACAUAUUCUCUCCCCAUAAUGUAUUUAAAGCUUAAGUAAGGUUUAUGCGUUUUCGGUUUCCUGUCAUUUUAUAUCUUAGAAUUUGCAGAUUUGACAAGUCCCUGAACUCUGAAUUCAGAGUCCAGAGUCUUGUCAAACAUUUAGUUCAUCGAAUUACCGAUCAAGAUCCUGGAAUCUGCCGCUACUAUUGCGCUUAUCGAUCUCUAACUGUGGUCGCUGCACAACACUUAGACACAGCUAGUAUUCCGGUGCCUCCAAAUUUCUAUUGAAGGCAACAUCUAAUAGUCUCCCUAGGCUCCUGUGUAUUCGUUAACUUUGUUCCAGGGUACGACCAAUAAAACCCACUCUCAGACUGUCCUUAUGCUGUCUUUUAGGUGGUAAUAAGCUCGCUGUUUCAUGCAAUACCUGGUAUCGCCAAUGUUCUUCUGGUUUGCGUCGUGUUCUGGUUGAUAUUCAGCAUUAUGGGAGUCAAUCUUUUUGGCGGGAAAUUCUUCAAGUGCGUUGAUGAGCAUGGUGUUAAAUAUGACGCAGCUGUGGUACCCAACAAAACUGCAUGUCUUCAGAGAGGAGACCGCUGGAUAAGAUCCAACGUCAAUUUUGACAAUUCCUUUAAUGGGUUUUUAGCACUUCUUCAAGUGGUAUGUUCAUAUCCUCAAAUUUCAUUUCAAAGUGUUCUACCUACAUUAAUCCUUGGUUUUUGUGGGGUAUCUGUGUACUUAUACCGCCAAUGCAUGUCAUGUUUUAAAAUGUAGGCUACUUUCGAAGGAUGGAUGGAAGUUAUGGAGGACGCCAUUGAUGCUACAAAGGUAAAGCACUUCCAUUUACCGUCUUUUUCUUCUAUUUCCCUCAUUUUCUUCCUUUUAGCAGCCUGCACUUUUUUAAUGCUUCUCCGAUAUCACUUGACAUUUAAUAAUGAGAGUCUCCGGCACCAAAAGCCCCUGACCGUGCAACUUUAUUAGUCCAGCUUCGAAUUCGUCGCGGCCGCUGAAUAGAAGCAAUGAAGACUCAUUUACACAGGGUUAGCCUCAACCUAACGUAAAUGCAGUCACAAAUUCCAGUCUGAAGAAGACCUGUGUACAACUGUGUCUAUUGUUUUAAACUCAAAUUCAGUCACCUCCUGAAUAUGAAUGUGAAUAUUUUACUUCAGGUUGAGGCUAACCUUGUAUAAAUGAGUUUUCAGGGCUUCUAUUCUGCGGCCGCGGUGAAUUCGAAACUGGAUGUAAGAUUGUGCUAAUAACAAAUCGCUAAAUGACUGAUCUCUUAGGAAACCAGUUAAUUUUCUUCCCAGUGGGAAAGUACAAUAUUUAUCGGAUGAAUAUCGUGAAUAACUAUUUGAAUAUUUUCAAGGAAAUGAUAUUUGUUGUUCUUCUUAUGAUCAGUUAUAAAGUGUUAAUAAGGGUGGUUGUUGUUGUUGUCUCUUUUGUUCAGUUCCUAUUUAAUCACUCAGUGUUUGUAUUUGUUCUUAGGUGGACCAGCAACCGAUAAAGGAAAACAACUUGGCCGCCUAUUUGUACUUCAUUGUAUUUAUUAUUUCUGGAUCAUUUUUUGUGUUGAAUCUGUUCAUCGGCGUUAUCAUUGACAACUUCAACCACCUCAAACAACAGGUCAGAAAAUUAAAAACGAUUCACGGCUCUAUAGAACUAGUUAAUGAUGUACUUCAAAUUUAUCGUUUAUUGUUCCAAAGCCGUGAAGGAGCGAGAAAUGACGAUCGGCUUUUAACUCUUUCAAUCGUAUAUCCGAGCGCGCAAGGUCAAAUAAAAUAAGGCAACACAACUGCAAAAUGAAUCGAGCGUCUUGAAAGGAGAAGAAGAGUGUCACUGGGGUUCCGUUGUGCAGUCAUAAGACAGGGUUUCAUCCACAGACUCAAAAGUCAGAACCAAACUGCAAAUAGUACCUUGUGAAAGUACUACUGAAAAGCUUUCAGUUGAUGGUCACUCCAUAGGAUUUCGUUCACAGACUUAAAGCUAAGUAUAAAGCAAAUAGUUCAAUGUGAUUGUACCGCUGAAGACUCAAACUUUCAUGUCUCCAUCGUCUGACACGGAUCAGUUUAAGAUUCUAGGGGACUACGUACCCACCUACCCUUUUUCUAAUUCAACGUGUAAUCUCCAGGGCUAAAAGUAUAACAGUAAGAUUAAGACGAAUUAAAUUUUCGCAAGGCUUCCUUUAAUAGUUUCACUGAGUUCCAUGUCAUUGAUGAAGACAACUCAUGGGCAUUGUGUUUUGAAUUUUCCCACAGAUGGAAGUGUAUGGCUCUAUGCACAUUUUUCUCACCCCAAAACAGAGAAGUUGGAUGAACGCUCUGAAAAAUGCAGCAGCGAAAAAACCCAAAAAGAAGGUGGAAAGGCCAACGGUAAGAGUGUUGGUAGACAUGACCGCAAAAGGGAGUCAAAUGAGUUAAGCUCACAGAAAACUAGAAGGAAUUAAAAGCAGUUAUUUCAGUCCUGCAAAAAAAGUGAAUGUUGUUAAUGCAAGCGGGCUAAUCACUUGGAAGGAGUAUGGAUGAUGCGUCUUAAAAUUCAUAGCCUGCGUGGGACUUUAUCGGGUUUAAAUGUUUCAUCCAACGGGUCCUUUUGUAGUCAAUGGUUGUAAUUUAGGCUGUUAAGCCGCGAGAAGUAUGGGGACGAGUUAAAUUGGGAUUUUCCCUCUCAGCUUCUCCCCACCGCCCGCCCCGAGAAUCUCCCCACCUCAAGAGGGGAGAAUCGCGGGCGCAUCCAAAAGCCCACGUCUAGAGACAGCCUAUUGCAGCUUUGACGCUUGCAAAGAUCCUUUGCGGCUUCCCCACUAGCGACAAGCGGCGAAUCAGCCGCAAAAUGCUACCCGGGGGGCACUCCUGGGAAUUCUUUGUGGGGGUGUACAACCCGGCUCUCCAAAACAUGACCCUAUUUCAGACCAAAAUAUGUCAUUUUCGCACCCGUUUUCAGACCUGGCCUCUAAAAUUCAUACCCGUUUUCAGACUUCGCUUCGAACUCGUGAGGUCGACUUGUGGCAUAUUUCUCUUUCUUCCUUAUUCAUUU